UUUCUCGUUGAAUUGCACUGAGGUACCUUGGGUGGCCGUCGAUGGCUUCCUUCUGUACCGUUAUCCUAUGGCGUCCCUCAUCCAAACCCUAUCCCACGCCCACUCGCAACACUUAUACCACUGCUUACAUCCAACAAUUCCCUAUUUCCAGCACUGCACCCCAAACCCGACGUUCUCUGCAUUUGAGCAGCUGUGGUUCGGUACACAACUUCGAUAGCCUCGCGGUAUUUUCAGCAGCAAAUGGAAAUUGGUUGCAAGCGGAGACAGGUCCUUUCGAGAAAUACAACGACGAUGACUUCGUGGUGGUGAAUUUCUACCGGUUUGUGUUUAUCGAAAACCCCGCGGAAGAGGUUUCCAAACACCUCUCCUUCGUGGAGACGGAGGAUCUUGAUUUACAUGGCCGAAUCUACUUGAAUGAGCAAGGAAUUAAUGCACAGUACAGUGGACCGUCAAAAGAUGCCUUAAAAUAUGUUGGAUGGCUGAAGACAGACGACCGGUUUUCGGACAUAUUGGUUCAGGUCUCUCCAGCUAUAAAUGGUCACGCUUUCCCGAAACUGAAGCUGCGAUAUAAGCCAUCGCUUGUACAGUUGGAAGAGGGCAUUUCACAUCUCCCUUUGCUCGACCCGUUGAUGCGAGCUACACCUCUCACACCAUCUGAUUGGAGGAGCAGGCUGGAGGCGCGUUAUAAGAUUGAUGAUUUGUUAGAUACAAAGGAGACAGAUUGCAUUCUACUCGAUGUCAGAAAUGGUUAUGAAUGGGAUAUAGGCCACUUCCAGGGGGCUCAGCGUCCUAAUGUAGAUUGCUUUCGGAGCACUUCAUUUGGCAGGUCGGAGCCAGAGGUCGAAAUCUCAGAUCCUUUAGCUGCUGUUGAUAGAGAAAAAACAGAUAUACUGAUGUAUUGUACCGGUGGAAUACGCUGCGAUGUAUAUUCUACAAUUCUUAGACAACAGGGGUUCAAAAGAUUGUAUUCUCUGGAGGGAGGAGUUUCUCAUUAUCUCGAGAGCGAAGGUUGCACGGGAUGGGUCGGGAAUCUGUUUGUUUUCGAUUCCCGUCUUUCUCUACCGCCUUCGACCUACAAGCCGGAUGACUUUUCUGAGACAAGCAGAAACCAAAACAUCCCCCAUUCCUUCGCCAAAUGUUACGUAUGUGGCUCCCUAGUUUCUGAGCUCAGGCAUCGCAAUUGCGCGAAUCUUGAUUGCAACCUGCUGUUCUUGUGCUGCUUGAGCUGUGUUGACGACUUGAGAGGAUGCUGCUGCAUUGCAUGCACAUCUGCUGCAAGGCUAAGGCCUGUGCUGACCGAGCACCGGAGAUACCAGAAAUGGCAUGUCUAUCGAGAUAUUGAGCUGCAGGGUAGGCCAAAAACUUAAAAAUCCCGGGGAUUAUUGUUUUGGAAGUUCACGUAGAAAGCUGGCUGGCAAAUCGAUCGAAAAGGUAGAGACUUUGGGCAUGUCUGGUCUUUGAGCUCAGUUAUUCCCUGAAAAUAAGAACACAUUCAAGAUAAGACCGAGAUCGAAAAGAUUGAAAAAAAUCAUUCGAUCACAGCCAUGGAUUAAGGGUAUUUUUUAUUUAGCUUUUUUGUUUUAAUGCUCGAGUCUAUAUUCUAAGAUGAAGGAUUUGAGAACCUCGAAUGAAUCAGGUUUUGUAUGUACUGUACUAAGUAAGGGUUCUUGGUUAAUAUGUAUCGUUUCUCCUCCUGAUUGUGCACUGUAGUUUCAAUUUUAGAAUAUGUGAGGUUAUCUUUUGCUGAUUUGAAA